AUCAGCGACAGAAGUGAGAACGUCAUAAGAUAAGUAGCAAUUGUUUGAACUCUGUCCUUUCAACAAGUCCCAUGAGGUCAAGGAAUAUUUAUCGAGUAGUGAGCAAAAGACAAGAGAUUCUUCCACUUUAAUUAAAUCAUGGCGACCUUUUCUUUUGGACAAAACAAUUGGCAUAAUUCAUUAACUACGAUCUUUUUCGACUUGGACAACACUCUUAUCGAGACAAGAAAAGGAGACUGUUUAGCCUGUAAAAAGGACUGUAUCUCUGCGUAAAGCCAGGCAGUUGCGUUUCCAAAUAACCCGUGAAAGUGUCUAAUUUUCCGUGUCCGGGGAGGAAAGCUUGUUUUCUUCAGAACAUACGGAAGAAGUGUUGUUUACUUCAACCUAUCCUUGAGAUUCGACACGUUAAAAUUAGACUUGGACUCUUUCUACAAACGCUUCAGAUUAGGUAAAAUCUUGGUUAGUUUCGUUUCUUUCGACGCAGAGAGUGAAACAACUCGCUCUUUAUUUCAGUGGAUAUACUAUUUUCGUCCAUCGAAAGUGAGCGUGUUAAAGGGCAAGGCUAGUACGUGAAAGCUUUUAGUUGGGAGUGGUGCCAGUUGGCUUAUAGCUGUGGUGCGCGCAAGGCAUGAGCGUGAAUGAGACUCGAUCUCAUGUUUGGUAAAUGACCUGUGUUAAGCUUUUUAAAAUCGAAAACAUUUGUUGAUAAUUCGAACAGUGCCAAAAAUGGAGUGUGAUAAUUUGGACAGUGCCAUACCGGAGGGUGUGAAAAAGUGCGCUUCUAUUCUCAAGAUGGUGGAAAGCGAUUCAGAAAAGUUUGCAGCUCUCUUUAUGGUGACCAAGUUGAUACCUGGUAAAGAUUGUUCUCCGGCGGCGAAAAAAAUACUUUUCGAAGCUAUUGGUCCUAAAUUUCUUCGGAAAUUGUUUUUAAGUAAUGAUGUACCUGUCGAUUGUCCUCCUCAAGUUUAUAAAUCCGUCGCGUUGUCAAUUCUUUCUUCGUUUUGCAAUGAGCCUGAACUAGCAGAGCAUCCUGACAUGAUUGGACACAUACCUGCGCUUUUAGAAAUUGUGUCUCAGGCUGACGAAGACGCUCCAGAUGAUACUUUAAUCAUAGUCAGCGAGGCCUAUACCUGCUUACAGUGUAUCGCUCGGCAACCCGGUGGACAAAGAGCGCUUCUGGAGCAGAAAGCGGUUAAAAAAAUGUGCGAUAUUUUCUCUGAGAAAAGCUUCAAAACCGACGAGGCAUUGAAUAUCCUUGUCAUUCUUGCAAAUAAAUUUGGACCACAAGUCUGGGACGCGGUUAAUAUUUCUUCCUUUCAUUCAAUAAUAAACAAAAUCGCCCUUGAUUUCGACUCGGAUAAUUCGGAGAGAAAGUUUGAGUUGUGCUUCAUAUUGUAUGAGUUACUUGCUUCUUGUAGAAAAGAUCUGAUUGCUUCAACAGCCAAGGAUCAAUCAUGGCCGGAGAGUAUUCGAAAAUGUCUCUCUGAGAUUCUUCGUUCAAAGAUUGGAAAAAAUCAGCGAGACCCUGCGCUAAAACUUUCUUCGAUAAUGCUGGAAAUUUUGGGAGUUGACUGGGCGGUAGCUUACGACGAGAAAGAGAAACUCUAUAUUCUUCCAUUGAUUCAGCUGGCAGCCAUUGAAGUGCGAUUGCAAUUAGAGGGGAAGCAAUUAAAGUCUGUUGUGGCACAUGCAGAUCUGUUAGUCGCUUGUUUCACUGUUUUGGAAAUUUCCCUCAACUACAUCACGAACGAUCAAUUAGACUUGGAGCAGAAUGAGAAGCAAGCUUUGUACACUUCUUUAAAGGCAGUCUUUUCUGCUGUUCUCGGUUUGUUGAUAGCCGUGUCUAAGAUGAAAGAAAUUAAGGACAUUAAGGAGAGGGUCUUUGUGUGCGCGCUGAUCAGGGUUUUGGCUGCUUGGUUGGCUCAAGAGACAUCAUCAAUGCGCACUCAGGUAUUUGCUGUCUUGCCAUUCGUUUUGACAAUAGCUAACGAUACUUUUUAUGCGCAUCGGAAUCGAAAACUUGCGGAAAAAGCAAAAGCAGGUGCUAGAUCUGACGAAGGAAGCUCAUCUGCAGAGCUCGUUAAUUAUGAUCCGGUCAGUGAUGUUGAUAUUUUAAGGCUCAUGCUUCCUGCUCUUUGUUACCUUGCAGUUGAAGACGAAGGAAGGAAAAUUCUCCUGAAGCAUAAGCAGGACGAAGUUCUUUUUGAAUGCUUGUCCUAUCAUUGGACAAUUGUACACUACAAGAAACCACCAGUGCCAAAGGCAGAACGUUUGAAAGCACUCAAGGAACCAGAGAAGGAAUUGGAGCCCCAUGUGUUGGAGCAAAUGAAGGAUUCAAGAGCAGCAAUGGUGUCAAUUUGCAAUGUGCUUAUGAAUAUAACAGUUCUGGAGGCAAAACUCGUUGAGGAGUCAACAACAUUCGUUUCUCUGCUCAAAUUCAUUUUCACUAAUCUACCAGAGCUUAAGCAAAUCUCAGAGAACUUGGUUCUUCAUGGGCAUUUAGCUGUUUUAGGAUUAUUAUUGUUGAAACAGCAGGCAAAACGUGUUAAGAAGAAUGAUUUUUCAAUUUGUCGUUAUAUACAAGUUACAAUAAGAUUUCUUUGGGACGCCUAUAUUGUGGACGAGAGCAAUGAUCCAACUGAACUUGUCGUCGCGAUGUCUUACAAGGAGCAUUGGAUGGAAAUAAUGGAACUGUGGUUCCUGGGAAUGCAGACAAUGGCUGGAGUAUUGCAAAUGAUUCCUUGGCUUUCGGAAUUUGCGAUCGAGUCUGGAUGGGCCGAGGGAAUUGUCGAGACCUUAAAAAAAGUAAAGAUUGGCGGUUUACAACCAAAUGUUAAGUCGGCGUAUGAAGAUUUGCUUUGUCACUUGGUUAAGGCUGAUCAGAGUGUUGCGACGGUUUUAAAAAAGUGUGGGGCGCUGACGGUCUGCAGAAAUCAUCGAAUGAUGGAAUUAGGCAAACAUCUUUUUGGUGAUUAAUUACCAGAAUUUAAAAGUUGACAGAGCAAUUUAUUUAUUUCUUUUUUUCAGUUUCUUGUAACGCAGAAUUCGAAUUACAGAAUUAUUGUGAAAAUGUGUUAUUAUUGACAAAAAAGAAAUAAGUAUUUUCGUAGAAAGAUAUAAAAAAUUCGUAAAGAAAUAUGGACUCAGCAAUCAAACUUUUGCGCCUACAUAGAAUUCAAGUUACUAGCAUAAUUUUGUGUAUUUGUGUUAGCGUUGUUACCAAUAAGAUUCUGAAACAAACAAAUAGGGAAGAUUGGAUAUUGACUUCAUAUUGAACAAAUAUAAUGUAUCUUUUCAUUAGAAAUGAAUGCUUUUUUAUCUUUGUAAAAAAAAUAUUAAUGGUUUUACAAGAAUCAGAACUUGAAUAAAUAAAAAAAAAACUAUUAUGUGUAUUUUGAUAUAAAACUUUCUCAAUUUCAUAUCAUAUUUAAUCUAAAGAAUAAUUUUAUCUACAUUCGUUAAAAGUUAACUGAUAUUCAAAUUUUUAACUAAUAAGCGGUUACACUGACUUGAAAAUAAUAGACGUAAACAUAAUUUUACGCACUUGCUGCAAGAAAAUAAUUUUUCAUGUUCAAUAUGUAAAAUAUAAAUUUCAAUCAAUAAAAGAAUGGCUUUAUUUAUAUUUUAGAAGAUGGAAAUUAUAAAUUGAACCACUAAGUUAAAGAAAGAUAUAUAUUCUUACUGUUUUUUAUUUGCCAAGAAUGAACAAAAUUUUUUAAUUUUUUCCAAUAGAUUUUGUAUGAAGUGGUUUUAUAUUAUUUAAUAUGUAUGUAAUGAAUUAAAACUGACAAGACUUAAUAAGAUAAUGUUACAAGUCUUAGAAAAAUUGACCAGUAUAUUUAUAACUAAAAAGGAUAUUAAUCAAAAUAGUACAGACAGGCGAUAAAAAUUUAGCCGAUUUCUUUAAAUGGUAAACCAAAUUAUUUUUAAAAAACACAUUAUACAAAUUUGUUACCAAAGUGCCUAAAAAAGUAAAUUGUGUAACACCUGCUUUGAAAAAUACUAAUUUAAAUUAACUUUCCUGCUAUCAGUUACUUGAUUCUCUUUGUUAAUUCCGAUUAAAAUUUAAUUUAAAACUAUAUUAAAAUGUAUCCGUUGAAAGUCACCUUUAUCAACCAAUAUAUUCAUCGAAUCAAGAUUGAAAAUUUAUAUAAUUUCGCUAAGCGCAGCUGUUUUAAUGAAUCGGAUGCUUUUAUACACAAAGCUGUGUUUUUCUCAUAGGUGUUACACAAAUAUUAAUUUAGUUAUUAUAGGAUAUAAAAUUUUCCAAAAGAAAACCUAAACUGUUUACCGCUUUGUAUAACUGUACAAGAAAUGGUAAAUAUAUAACCAAAAGCUCAAAAAUAAUGUAAUGAUAUAAAAAGAAUUUAUUGUGAAAUUAUAAUUUGUUUCUCACUUGAAAUAUUUUUAGAGUUAAACUAUUGCUCGGAUUUCGGAAGCAAGAUGGAUUAUUUGAAUUAGCGUAGGAAACUAACGCCUCUGCGGCUGUGCUAUUUUUACAUUUUGUAUAAAAUAUUGACGUAUAAACAGAUUCAUAAUAAUCUUGUUCUUCAAUAUUGGCGCUGGAGAAAAAGUGAAUUAUCUCAAGUAUUUCGUUUGCUCAUUGUCAAUUUGUUUGUAUUACAAGACUUUUUAAUUAAAGAGAGACAAUUUAAUAUA